AUGACCGUGGGAAAAAGCAGCGAGAUGCUGCAACACAGCGACCGUAGAAUGAGCUGUAUCUUGCAAGAUGGCCACAUCUUCACUGGCACCGUUAAGGUUUUUAACAAGAACAUGAACCUAAUACGUUGUGACCGUGAUGAAUUCAGGAAGACCAAGCCAAAGAUUGUGAAGCCGCCAGAGUGUGAAGAAAAGUGGGAUUUGGGUCUGGUGCUGCUACCUGGGGAAAACCUGGUUUCCGUGACUGUGGAAGGACCACCCCCUGAAGAUACCAGCACCGCUCAGACACCGCUUGCUGCCGCUGCAGGAGAUGCUGGGCUUGGCCGGGCAGCUGGCAGAGGAGUGCCAGCUGCUGCUCCCAUUCCCCAGGCUGCCACGGGAUUAGGAGGCCCUGUGCGAGGGGUGGGGGGCCAUCCCAAUAGGAAAUGAAGGACUCCGCAGGGAAGAGGCACUGUAGCAGCUGCUGCAAUUGCUGCUCCUGCCAGCAGUGCUGGAGCCCCAACUCAAUACCCACCAGGACGGGGGACCCCACCCACUCCUGUGCGCCGAGCAACACCACCUCCAGUCCCCCCACAACGUGGUAUGAGACCACCCGUGGGCCUACCAGCUGGGCUUCCCCCUGCUCGAGGGGCACCGAUAGGCAUGUCUCCACUAAGAAUGAGACCUCCUCCACCAGAAAUUUGGUCCGGUCCACCUCCCCCAGGAAUGCAUCCACCAAGACCCUAG